UCCAAACAUGGCCAUCACACGUCUCGUCAACAUCCCUACAGAGUCACCCUUCACCCCCACAUCCUCCAUCGCCCGGGUAUCGCCCGCACACAUGCCCCGUGCCCUGUGGCUCCCACUGGACUUCACCCUGGGCGCGCUGGCAUGCAGCGGCGCGUGCAUGUUCACCAACCCACUAGAGGUGGUAAAGACCCGACUGCAGUUGCAGGGUGAGCUACAGGCUCCUGGUUCAUAUCAACGGCACUACCGCGGGGUUUUGCAGGCGCUGUUGGUGGUCGGGCGGACGGACGGGAUUCGAGGGCUACAGAAAGGCCUGACGGUGGCACUGUUGUACCAGGGCCUGAUGAACGGGGUUCGACUCGGGUUCUACUCUUACACAGAGGCAUCGGGAUUUACAGCCGCACCGGGAGGAAGUCUGAUCGCAGGGGCCACAGCGGGAGCGCUCGGGGCGUUCAUUGCAUCCCCUGCUUAUCUGGUAAAGACUCAUCUGCAGGCGCAGGCGGUGGCGACCAUCGCUGUUGGACAUCAACACAACCAUCAGGGUGUGUUCAGUGCAUUUGUGUCCAUCUAUCAGCGAGAGGGGGUGUUGGGUCUGUGGCGCGGGGUGAACGGGGCCGUGCCCAGAGUCAUGGUGGGGUCAGCCGCUCAACUCGCCACAUUCAGCUCCGCAAAAGGCUGGGUCACACACGCACAGUGGUUCAGUCCACACAGUUGGCUCGCCGCUCUCACAGCUGCUGUUAUCAGUGGUGUUGCUGUGACGAUCACCAUGACGCCGUUUGAUGUUAUCAGCACACGACUUUACAACCAACCAGUGGACGAGUUCAAAAGGGGUCGUCUGUAUUGUGGUUUUGUGGACUGUCUGAUGAAGGUUUGCAGGACAGAGGGGAUUGUGGGUCUGUAUAAAGGCAUGACUCCAGUGUUCGUGCGUUUGGCUCCUCACACGGUUCUCAGCAUGCUGCUCUGGGACGUCCUGAGACAGAAAGCACUGCUGUACACACACUAACACACUUUUAUUAUAGUGAUGCUGAAUGACCUUGAACUAAAAAUGAAGGCCUUGAGUUCACAUGAAGUGCGAAAAAUCUCUUUCUGGACCUGUGAAGAGAAGUUUUUAUUAUUAUUAUUUGUGUUGUUUUAUUGUCAUGACCGCAUGCAGAUGUUUAAACUUGAACUGCUUUUUUAAAUGCAUAUGAAGAGGAUUAUGAUUAAUAGUUACAUGAUCAUGUUUAUAUUUUACCUCAGUAGUUUGUGUUAUUUUUAUGUGUCAAAACUACAAAAUAACGCUGUAAACAAUAAAGUGUUUUUAUUAUCAA